AUGAUUUCCACUUACGCAUUUGAUAUUAUCUAUCUAUCUAUCUAUCUAUCUAUCUAUCUAUCUAUCUAUCUAUUAAUUCAACAUCAUUUUAUUCCAUCAAAAUGGAUAAAUAUCCAGAAGAAUAAUUUUGUAGAAAUUCUGAUUUUCUUUUCUUUUUUUCUUUCUUUCUUUUACUUCUUUUCUUUCUUUCUUUAUUUUCCUUCUUUUUCUGUAUUUCAUUCUUUCUUUCUUUUUUCUUUCUUUUCACUGUCUUUCUGUCUUCCCUUUUUUUUCCAUAUUUUGUUUUACCUCUUUCAUUCAUACAUUUUUCUUUUUCUUUCUUUCUUUCUUUCUUUCUUUCUUUCUUUUCACUGUCUUCCUUUUUCUUUUUUGUAUUUUGUUUCACCUCUUUCUUUCUGUCUUUCUUUAUCUUAUUUCCUUUUUUCUUUCUUUUCAUUCUUUCUUUCUAAUUUAUUUUCCUUAUAUUAUUUCCCCUCUUUCUUUCUUCUAUUUUCAUAUUUCUUUCUUUCUUUCUUUCUUUCUUUCUUUCUUUCUUUCUUUCUUUCUUUCUUUCUUUCUUUUAUUUACUUAGGCUUUUCCUUUUUCUUUAUUCUGAUCUUUCUUUCUCCUCGCUCUUUCUUCUCUCUCUCUCUCUCUCUCUCUCUCAUCUGUUUGUCAUUCACUGAAAUUUCAACGAACCUGUGUUUUUAUAUUUCCUUGGUUUUUCCUUUUUUUCUUUGUUUCUUUUUCUUUUUUCGUUCUUUUGUUUUCCGUCUUUCUUUUUUGCUUUUCUCUCUUUCUUUCUUAUUUCUUUCUUUUUCUUUCUUUCUUUUGCUUUCUUUCUUUCUUUCUUUCUUUCUUUCUUUUUUUCUUUUACUUUCACAUUUUCUUUCCUUCUUUUUCUCUUUCUUUCGCUUUCACUCUUUCUUUCUUUCUUUCUUUCUUUCUUUCUUUCUUUCUUUUGCUUUCCGUCAUUCCUGCUUUCUUUCCUUUCUUUCUUUCGUUCUUUUGUUUUCCGCUUUUCUUUCUUUUUGCUUUCUUUCUUUCGUUCUUUUUAUUUUCUUUUUCUUUUUCUUUCACUUUUUUUUCUAUCUUUUCUCCCUUAUUCCCACAGUGUUUCACUCUCUAUCAACUGAAUUCAAUGUCUCUCUUUGUUCUCUCUUUUUGUGUGAUGUCCUUAUACUCCCAACAAAAAUUUUAUUUCUCUACAUUUCUCUCUAUGCUCACGUAUUUCCAAGAUGUUUCACUCUCUAUCAUCUCAAUGCAAUUUCUCUCUUUUUUCUCUCUUUUUACAUCAUGUCAUUUCACUCAAAACCAACUUUAUAUUUCUCUAAAUCUCUCUCUAUGUUCCCUUCUUCCUAUGGUGUUUCACUCUCUUUCAACUCAAUCCAAUUCCUCUGUUUUAUCUCCCUUUUUUUCGUCAUGUUGUUGCAUUCCCUACAAACUUUCUCUCUCUCUCUCUCUCUCUCUCUCUCUCUAUGCUCUCUUAUUCCCAAGAUCAUAACAUUUUCUCUUCUUUCUCUUUACCCUUUCCCUGUCUCUUUCCUCUUCAUGUAUUUGCACUCCCCACUAAAGCUAUAUAAUUCUCUCUCUUUCUAUCCCUAUCUCUCGCUUUUCAUUUCCGUUUUAUUCUACCCCUCUCUCUCUCUUUCUCUCUUUCAAUACAAGAGGGACAAGAAAAAUAAAGGAAGCAAAAAGAAGAGGAGAAAGGUCCCUAUCCACACCCACAAGCUUUUACACAUUGUCACUCUGAAUUCUUUUUCUUUCUUUCUUUUGAUAUUUUUUUACACUCUGAUAUAUUUUACUUUUUCUUUCUUUCUUUCUUUCUUUCUUUCUUUCUUUCUUUCUUUCUUUCUUUUUUUCUUUCUUUCUUUGGUUCUUCCAUUUCUUUCUUUGUUUUUUCCUUUCUCUCUUUGUUUCUUUCUUUUUCCUUUCUCUCUUUCUUUAUUUUUUCCUUCUUUCUUUCCCUUUCUCUCUUUCUUUCUUUCUUUUCUUUUCUCUCUUUCUUUCUUUUCCUUCCUUCCUUCCUUCCUUUCCUUCCUUCCUUUUCCCCCUUUCUCUUUUUCCUUCCUUUCUUUCUUUCUUUCUUUCUUUCUUUCUUUCUUUCUUUCUUUCUUUCUUUCUUUCUCUUCCUUCCUUCUUUCUUUCUCUUCCUUCCUUCUUUCUUUUUUUCUUUGUUUGUUUCUUUCUUUCUUUCUUUCUGCUUCUAUACAUUCUUUUGUUUUCUUUCUUUAUAGUUUUUAUCUCACACUUUCUCUGCGUUUUCACUUUUCAAUCUGUGAACCUUUCUUUCUUUAUUUAUUUCCUUCUUUCUUUCUUUCUUUUUUUCUUUCUUUAUUUCCUUUUUUCUUUCCUUCUUUCUUUCUUUCUUUCUUUCCUUCUUUCUUUCUUUCUUUAUUUAUUUAUUCUGCUCGUUUUUUUCUCUCUCGCACUUUUUUUAAUUUUUAA